AUGAAAAGGCAAAACCAAAGCUCUGUGGUUGAAUUCAUCCUCUUGGGCUUUUCUAAUUUUCCUGAACUCCAAGGGCAGCUCUUUGGGGUUUUCUUGGUUGAUUACCUGGUGACUCUGAUGGGAAAUGCCAUCAUUAUAGUCAUCAUCUCCCUGGAACAGAGCUUACACGUUCCCAUGUAUUUGUUUCUCCUGAACUUGUCUGUGGUGCCUGUGAAUUUCAGUGCAGUCAUUAUGCCUGAAAUGCUGGUGGUCCUCUCCAAUGAAAAAAGUAUGAUCACCUUUGCAGGCUGUUUUGCACAGAUGUAUUUCAUUCUUCUUUUUGGUGGGACCGAAUGUUUUCUCCUGGGGGCAAUGGCUUAUGACCAAUUUGCUGCAAUCUGCUGUCCUCUGAGCUACCCAAUGAUUAUGAACAAAAGGGUUUUCAUGAAAUUAGUUAUAUUCUCAUGGGUCUCAGGGAUCAUGGUGGCUACUGUGCAGACCUUAUGGGUUUUUAGUUUUCCCUUCUGUGGCCCCAAUGAAAUUAAUCAUCUCUUCUGUGAGACUCCCCCAGGGCUAGAGCUUGCAUGUGCAGACAUCUUUUUAUUUGAAAUCUACGCAUUCACUGGUGCCAUUUUGAUUAAUCUUCCUUUCUUGUUGAUACUCUUGUCUUACAUUCGAAUCUUUGCCAUCCUGAAGAUGUCAUCAACCACUGGGAGGCAAAAGGCCUUUUCCACCUGUGCCUCCCAUCUCAUGUCUGUUACCCUCUUCUAUGGCACAGCCAGUAUGACUUACUUACAACCCAAAUCUGGCUACUCCCCAGAAACCAAGAAGCUGAUGUCCUUGUCUUACUCACUUCUUACACCUCUGCUGAAUCCACUGAUCUACAGUUUGAGAAACAGUGAGCUGAAAAGAGCUUUGAUGAAAUUAUGGCUAAGAAAAGUGGAUUUAUAUACAUUCUGA